GGGUGAUAUCAUCAGUUGGAGAUUUGGAUGUUGGGUUAAGGUUAUUUUAUUCUACAUUUAAGGUUAUAACUUAUAGGCCUAGUGUAAGAAGGUUUGGAGUUAUCGCUCUUCCUACUUUUACUUGGUGAGAACAAAUGAUGUCCUCUCCAAGUGCUGGGAAGCGGCGAAUGGACACAGAUGUUAUAAAACUUAUUGAAGGUAAGCAUGAAGUAACCAUUUUAGGAGGCUUGAACGAGUUUUGUGUGAAGUUCUACGGACCUAAAGGAACACCAUAUGAAGGAGGAGUUUGGAAAGUAAGGGUGGAUCUUCCAGAAAAAUAUCCUUUCAAGUCUCCUUCAAUAGGAUUUAUGAACAAGAUCUACCAUCCAAAUAUUGAUGAAGUUUCAGGAACAGUGUGUCUGGAUGUCAUCAAUCAAGCUUGGACAGCACUUUAUGAUCUAUCAAACAUCUUCGACUCCUUCCUUCCUCAACUGUUGACGUACCCUAACCCUAUUGACCCUCUUAAUGGUGAUGCUGCUGCAAUGUAUUUACAUAAACCAGAAGACUACAAAAAGAAAGUUCAAGAUUAUGUUAGAAAAUAUGCAACAGAGGAAGCCCUUAGAGAGCAGGGAGAAGAGUCAUCUAGUAGUGAAAGCUCAAUGAGUGACUUUUCUGAUGAUGAAACAAAAGAUAUGGAACUAUAACAUUUAGUUAGGGCUGGGGAUUAACAAGGGAUGG